AUGGAACAGUUUGUCCUUGGAAUCUUUCAGGAACAGCUUGCCAAGUUCAUUGUCGGGUUUCGAAAAGAGCAAGUAACGGCCAACCUCUUGAACGGGAAAGGAGAAAUACACGAUGUCGAAUUAAAUUGCGCUUUUCUGAACGACGAACUCACAAAAAUUACGCCGUUUAUUGAGCUUGAGAGUGUACAUGUUUCCAAGUUUUCUUUUCAUGUAUCUUCAUGGACGAAUAUUCGCAAAGCACCCAUUAUCGUUGACGUGGAACACAUCAAAGCGGUUGCGGUUGAACCCUUGCGUUACAAGGAUCGCUCGCGGCAGCAACAAAUUCGGCAAAUUACCCGCUACGAACUAAUUGAACUCAUCCGUAAGGGGCUUCUCAAACCAAAAGGAACGCCUUACAACAUUUUUGAUCGGAUCGUAGACAACUUGACGGUGGAGGUGUCGACAUGUUCUUUGCGUUAUCAAACGUUGGGGCCUUGGACACCGCCGGAAAUACAUGUUACGCUGGCGGGGAUUCGUCUCGUUUCGGUUGACGAAUACGGUCUUGAAGCACCGCCCGAAGAAGUUUGGCGACACAAUCACAAUCGAAGGGCCGGAACGUUCAUGAUCUAUAAAAAACUGGAGAUGGAAUAUCAGGUGGCCAUUCAGCCCGUCAGUAGCGUCGAUGCGAUACGACUUGUAUCGGGACGGCAAAACAAGAUGGAAAUACAAGUGGCGAUGGAACGACGCAUUCAAGAUGGAGCCUGGCUAGCGGUUCAGCUCGAUACGACUAUUCCACGGGCGGACGUAAAUAUUCCCGCUACUGUGGUGCCGAUACUGGCGCACGCUGUGGCAGGCGCUACGUACUGCUUCUCCAAGGAUCGUGCGUUUCAUGAUCCUUUGAAAAGUACCACCGAGAUGGCUGGAAAUUGUGUGAGUACAGAACGAUUUGAGGUAUCUAGGGAAGUCGCAGCGGGUGAAGCUGCCGAUGAGGCUGCAUCAGAACUUGGUUCGCUAUUCGAUAGAUCUCUUAUGGUAGACGAGGAAGUCUCGUCGGAGGAGGAUGACGAGAAUGAGUUCGGAGCAAGAAUUAAUAGCAGCGACUUAUCAUCGCGCAAGAUUGAGACGAAGCCUGCGCCUAUUCGCGCCAGUACAAUAGACCCGAGCACGGAAGGCCGGCCGGUUAUUCUGUUUCCCAACGGAAUUGUGAUCCAUGACAGAAUAUCUUUGAGUGUUUCUAUUCAUGAUGCAACACUUCGAGGGACGUACGCUACGUUGUUGGAUGGAUACGUCCAGUUGACUGCCAAGGGUUGUAUAGUAGAGGCAAUAUGGCCGAAGAUUACGUUCGAGAAGGGUGGCUACGUCCAGGCUUCGAUUUCAUUCCUCUCUAUUGUUGAAAAAUCUGGGUCGAGAAUUCGCACUGUACUUGAGGGUGGCGAGCAAUAUGGCGAAAUCGAUCACAGCGAAAGGGCUGGAAAGCCACCGGUGGAAUUUGCGCGUGAGGAAACCUUUCCGCUCUACGAGGAACGAUCUGUUCGACCAGAUCCGUUGGGACUGCGCGAAUCUUUGCCUGCGCAAGCCUUUGGUCUAAAAACUACUGUCGACUUUGUUCAGUCCGCGUCCAGAAACGAAAACGGCAUCGAAAAAAUGCUGGUUCGUCCGACAGGUAUGCUGAAGUUGGAAGACUUUGUUCAACCGACGAAGCCCCUCUUUCUAGACGAGAACGCUUUCAUAUCUUCAGACUUAUUUAAUGCUACGAUACGUAUCAUGUGUGUCAAUUUUCGGAUACCUGCAGCUAUCAAUAGCGAUGUGCGGUCAUGUGAUGUAAUUGCUAAAGUCGAUGAAGUCAUGAUAAUUAUUUCAUCAGCACUUCCAAGAACAAUGCUCUCUGGUAAUAUUGGAACCUACGUGGACGGAGAGCACUCUAAGACAAAUGAACGAAUUGUCUUUCCAAAUGAUCCGUCUGAUUUUGCUUACGAUUUGGAGAGUUCAGGGGAUCCGUCCAAUCGACAACGUGGGGAGCAAACUUCACGUCCUAUCUCGACGUUUCGUCUCCAGCUUACAGUGCGUGGUUUUUCUGUGCGCUUAUUACCGGUUGUGCCAUUCUGCUCCGCUCUUGAGUCGCAGGAGCUUCUUAAUGAUUUGGAGUUCAGCAUGAUAACAUGUCUUGAAGGCAAGCCAACGAGUCCUGACACUUCUAAUUUGACAGAAGUCGUUUUAUUCAUCUCAGUUCAAGUGUAUCGAUGUGAAAUUAAUUUUGACUUUGACCUUGCUAUAUCAGCCGUGAGCACACUUUCCUUUCAUUUUGCAAAUGCAAGCCGUAUAUCCGACAUCUUGUUCCGGUCCCAGCCAAUCUCUGAUGGAGUCGAGCUUUCUGAAACCAUAAAAAUUAGAAAUUCCUUGAAAGGCCGUCGAAUUUUGGUUGAAAAGCAAAUACUGCAUUGCAGGGAAACUGAUGGACUACGCAUUGCUUGCUAUAUUAAAGUCGAUGAGUAUACAUUAUGUUUAUGGAGACAAAACGUGCCUUGCUCUCCAUUAAGGCGCAAUGUCUCUACGGAGGAAAAGGACAAGUCGAGGCAAGUGGACUACAUAGCACUUGUGCUUGUCAUGAAAAUUGAAAUGGAAGCUUUGGAAAUUGGGCUGGAAACCACCUUCCAUCGACUUUCCAGGCAUUUAGUAUUGAAGGCUUGUCUAGGUAGUAUGAGUCUUUGGGCUUGCGAUGCAAAUCUGUUACUAUCUGCGACUCGGGAUCAACGAAAUGACUACGCCGAAGGAGACAGUAAUGCAAAGGUUGAUAGGGUCGGAAUUGUCCAGAAAUCCUCAUGCAUUUUGGAGCGUGAUAAAAUUGUGCAAUUGCUCAAGAUUGGAUGCCUUGGUCAGGGUGGCACAAAAUCUGCUGAGAUUGGUGAUUCCUCGUUGGCAAUGAGAAUAGAAGAGAAAUUUGGGGGAAGCCGUGCUUGGUCCUUUGCUUUGGACUUGCCUAAUGGUGGGACUGUGACCUUGGAUGCUGAAAGUAUUAAGAUUUUGUGCGUUUUUGUGUUUCAGGGUCUCUUUACUCCUAUCUGGACAACACCAGCACGCCGGUCUCAUCCCGAGCCAAAGGAAAAUUACACUCUUUCCAUCGACGAAUUGCUUCGAAAUGCGCUACGAUUUAUUUUGAAUUCUAAGAGUAUGGAUGGCAUGUCCGAAGGCGAAAAUCUCGCAGCGCUCGCUAUUGACUCACACGACGACGUAUCAAGUUCGGUAAGAGUAUCGAAAUUUCUGAAGUACUUGCUACCGAGUGAUGUCGAGGUCUUUGUGGCCCGUGGCUUGUUUCAAAACGUGCAACUCCGCUUUUGGGCUGAACCUGAUACACAAAAGGAGUCGAUGCAACAGAUCUUAGUGCUGAACCAUGCUGAUUUAUUAUUCAGUUAUUUUCGAACAAUGGAAGCAACCAAUUCCGGUAUAUUGGCAAUGCGGGCUCAAAGAGCGCUGUCAUGGGCCAAAAUUUUAGAUGUAAAAAAUCCUGGUCUUCGAUACGCUGCAAAUAUUACGCAAAGCCUUCAAUCGGUCUCGUCUACGGGGGAAUUGACUGUGACAAUCCUCCCUGAAUCUCUCGUUUCCUUUCGCUUCGACAACUCGGAGGCGAGAUUUUCUGUGCCGAAAGAGCUUCAUGUGGACAAUACGAGCCGUUUUCUCGAAGCAAUUGUCCAUGUCAUCAAUUUUGGGCGUCGAUGCCUAUUCUCAUAUCAAGACUUGAGAGUAUCGCUUUCCUCGAUGAGAUCAACUCAGUCACCACCAUCGUACUUUAAGGUACCUCCUUGCUUACCUCUACUAGUUUCUUGCAAAUCGGUAACCAAAUCGUUGAAGAAAAUCCAGCUCCUCCUGCAAAGAGCGAAAAGAAGACACAUGAUCAUCAAGCACAACAUUGAGGAUCAAUGGAUCAGUACAAAUAGUCACAUCCAGAAGCUUCAAUUGUCGCUAUUUCAGAGAGAACGCGAAAGGUUGGGUGCUCUCGCUCUCGUAUCUUCUCAGGCCUCGGGAUGGUUGCGCCUUGGGUGCGCGCGCCGAUCCGGGAUGCGCGGGUCUCUGAGCACAAUGGUGUGGCCCUACUGGUGCAUCCUGCGCAAGAGUCUUCUACAUGUGUUCGAAGCACCAGGGAUGACGCUUCCAGUUGAGAUCAUUCCUCUGGAAGGAGUUGAUCUUCAAAAGCUCGGAGGUGGGAAGCGCAAACGAGACUUGAAGCGAGCCAUGGCUAUCGUUGAAACUACCGGUUUGGUCCGUGUAAUAAUCACAGGAACUGAUCGUGAAUACUAUGUUUGGGCUCGUGAGAUCCAAAAAUGCGCUUUCAUGAAAGCGGGACAAAAUGACUCAAAAUUUGACUUCGCCGAAAGAUACGACUCCUCCCGACGUGGAGAAGCUUCGUCCGCCUCGUUCGCUGAAGAAUCGUAUCAUCAAAAUGGGACUCCGACAGAAAAAUCACAGGAUGCUGUCGCCGGCAUGGGUAGCAAAGCUUCAAGGCCUUUUGUUAAGGGAUUGUCGCGGGUUGCGAAGGCUACGCGACAAGCAGUGGCAGAUCGAAGCGGGCGCCCAAAAGCUAUCGACAACGAGACGACAAUUCCAGAUGAAAAGGGCGUGCACGAAAACGACUCUGUAGGGGCGGUAGAUUUUUCCUAUAUUUCUUCAGCAGUGGCAAGUGACCUGGACGAUUCAAGGCACGACCGCUCACAAUUACAUGGUCGUUUUGCUGGGGUCCGGCAGGCAACAAAAUCUAGGCUUGCUGGAGCUGGUCAGGUCACAAAGAGCAAGUUUGGCUCUGCUUUACAAGCCGCUCGUCAGAAAGGAAGAGAAGUUGCUGAUAAACGGCGAGGCAAACCUGAGAAAGAGCCUGCCAUGGACAAUGAGAUAGAACAAUCUCGCAAAUCCGGGAUGAACAUCAAAGGGAUAGAACGGCCUGAGAUUUCCCUUGAUUCGAUACUACCUGGAAAUUAUUGGUUCUGUGCACUCUGCAAGCAUGAGAACAGUAAAUCUUCCAAAGUGUGCGAAAUCUGUAAUGCUACUGACAGUCAUACCAAUUGCCAGGAUGAAAUAUCACGAGAAAAUACGUUUGACAACAAAGUGAUUCCGCCAAGUAGAGUCACUGAUGACGGGUCAAGCGAUGUGAAGGAAAAGCUUGGCGAAAACGACGUCGUUGCCGAGAACGAAAGCUAUGAUCCGCAAGAAGGAACGGCAAUGGAGUUGGAUCAAUUGUCGUCACGAGCAGGUGGUGUUCGCCACAGACUUGGUGCAGCUGUGCGGAGUGUGCGGCGUCACGUACGAGACAACGACGAAGGCAGUGCAGCGUCGAGGUUUGCGAUACGACGACGAAACGGAUCCUCAAUCGAUAGCGGCCUAGUUCCAGGGGCCCCGCAAAUCAUUAAUUUGCGGAAUGUCACUACGGAAGGACCGUUGUCCACCGCUGCCUACGUCUUCGGGGAUCCACGGUUGGAAGUUGAAGGUCUGCCACUGAAACGACUCCAGGGCAAUUGGUUUGUAAAAGUCAGUUCAGUGCUAACGGGGAACAAUGAAAUUACCGGCUCAGAUCAAAAGCCCCUUCCAGCAGUGAACAACUCGAAGCUGCACAAUACGAGCCUUGACACUGCAAUCCCCACUGUCAACGAGGACGAUGGCAGCAUCGCAUCAUACGCAAGAAGCGAAACGCAGCUUAAAUCGGAGUCUGAUGCGACAAAGGCCACUGAUCGAGAUGAGACAGGUCGUUCUCGUAUAUCUCUCGACAUGGCAGACUCAUCCUCAACAGCCAGGGUAGCAUCGACGGACAGAAUGCUGAGCCGUCUAUUUAAAAUUGAAGUGCACCAUGUUCUUCCCGCAAAAAUACAGCACGAAGCUGUUUCAGCACAUACUCACACUAUUGCCGACAUACUCACUUGCCAUGCGUUGAUGUCCGAGGCCGUAGCGAAGCUACCGUCUCUUUCUCCUCUGGAUUUUACUGUUAAUAUAGGGGGUCGGGAUGAGGCCCACAACAUGAGCGAAAGCGCAGCUCAAAGCCUUGGUCUAACGACACUGGACGCGGUGAGAAUUACAGGGAACAUGCUUGGAGGACUCUUUCAGCAAUUGAAGCAUUCCGAUUCGGUCCAGGUUUCCGAGUACUGUGCUGAGGUGAUUGCAGAGUUCUUCAACUCAAUGCUUUACUGUGCGCUACCUAUCGAUGCUCUGGCGAUUCUUUCUGAUUUUCUACAGAUUGAAUCAGAGUCCAUCGAGACGUUGGAUCCAAACCUCAGUCCAGCCCUUCUCAAUCAGGAUUCUUCCAAGAAUCGACCGAGCGGCAGUGCAGGAUGUGGAGACGCAGACGACUCACUCUUUCCGUUGUUGUCCAAAAUUGAAUCGGAACUGUUGUGCGUGGAGCAUGACAUGCACGUGACUAAGCAGUUUCUGGCUCUUGCUUCACAACGAAAUGAGCCCGUUCACGCAAGCGAUCCGCCACCGGCGUUUCACACCUUUCACGAAGCCAUGCAUGUUUCGCUACUGAAGGUAAUGGCCGAGCGGGACGAAGCGCACGCAAAGUUGGUUGCGGCCGAUGUAAUGCACGUCCAUGAAUUGGAACAGCAACGCAAACAGGUCCAACAAUUGACGGCGCGUCUAGAGGCCUUGUCUAAGCCGCAUACUGCGACAAAUGCCGAGGAAAGUGGAAAGAUGCAACGGAUGCAGAAGCAAAUGCAGCAAAACUCGGACAUGGAACUCAUUUCGCUGUGUCAACAGUUGACUGGAGAAAUUUCGGCUCGCACAGCGGCAUCCUUGGAAGUACUGCGUUUAAAGGAGAGUCGCAAGAUAGAACGGGAUAUUGAAGAAGCUGAGAAGCGAGCUCUACUGGAUGAGCUGCAAAGUCUUAAGACCGAGCUAGCCCGGGAAAAAGCCCUGGCUAAGGAGGCACAAUGUGAGUCACAAGUCUGGAAGCAAUCGUACGAACAUGUGGCUCGAAUGCGAGAAGCAACAAUUCUGGACGAGUCGACCUAA